AUGGCUCAGCGAGGCGGUGAAGGUGUCGCGACGGCCGAUCCGGUUGUCCGUGACGUGUCGGAUUGGGAGAUUUUCUCAGACGAUUCUUCUGAUAGCGAUACUUCUGAAAACACUGUUGACUGCCUUUCACCAACCGUUCCGGCCGCACAGGCCCGACCUGCGACCGCGGGUGCAGACCCCCUUGAUCCUGGGCGCACAGGAGAAGUACGUCCCGGCAGCGACGAACGCCGGCCCACCUGGUGGCGACGCUUCACAAAAGAGCACAUUGGGCAAAAACCAGAGCAAAAACCAGACGAGGGAAAGCCUCGUAAAUGGAAGCCUAGCCGUCACGAGCACAGGGAGGAGACGAGGGAGGAACGUGAUGCGCGAAGGGCCGAGCGGCGCCGACGCGAACACCACGAUGACCCUAGGCGUUCAGAUAGGGAAGAUCGCCAAAGCCGACACAAGCGACAUCGACGACGUGAAGGAGAGGAUGAGGAUCGAGAGGCUCGACGAGCAGCACGACGACUUGCCCGACGGCUUGAGGAAGAGGAACGACAAGCAGAGGAAGAGCGCAGGGCUAGGAGAGAACGUCGGAAGGAGCGAGAAGCACGGAGAGCAUCACGGAGGUCUUCCCGAGUGUACCUCUCCGAGGACGAAAGAAGGCAUGCAGAGGAGCGAGAAGCUCGGAGAGCGUCACGCCGGAGUCUACAUAAGGAGCGAAGGGGUACUCCUGCUCCUGCAAAAGACUCUGUUCCUCCCCCAAAGAGCCCUGCUCCGGUCAAGAGCCCCUUUCCCAGAAAGAGUCCUCCUAUCCCCACAAAGAGUCCUCCUAUUCCUGUCAAGAGUCCUGCCCCCCCCAAAAGUCCUGCUCUCGCAAAGACUCCCGUUCCGGUGAAGAGUCCCGCUCCGGUGAAGAGUCCCGCUCCGGUGAAGAUUCCCGCGCCGGUAAAGAGUCCUGCCCCUGUGAAGAGUCCUGUUCCCGUAAAGAACGGUGAUUCGAAGCGUGCAGACAAGGAAAAACGCCAGAGCGCAGAUAAAAUCCAACUAGAAGAGGAGGCUAAGAAGCAGAAAGAGGAGAAGAAGCAACGAGAGAAAGAGGCUGCACGAGCGGCACAGAAGGCUCAGCAGGCCAAGGAAGAGAAGAAGAAACCAAACAAGCUGAUGGAAGCCCUGCGAGGUGCACGAAAGACUCCUAAACCACAACCCGAGAAGCAGGAUAAGAAGGAGGAACGUGGGCGUUCACGCAAGGAGAAAGACAAUGCCACCGCUACCGCCAACCAGCCAGACGCAGCCCCCCCUGCUCACACCCUCCCACCAAUGCUGAGACAGCAGAGACUGGCACCAACCCUCGGAACGCAUAGACUUGCACCGACACUUGGACAGAGACUACCUCCAACGCCAGAGAAUGACAGAAUGCCGCCAACAGACGAAGGUGGCGUCGACUAG